CACCAGGACGAACUGGAUCUGUUGGCGAGAGACUCGUCAAACAUUUGUGAGCAAGUAGAGGACCGCAAGUGGCCGCAGACGUACGAGUUGAAUGGCGGUCAUGUAUUUCUUCCACCACAGGAACUUCUGGAAGCGAGGCCCGGCGGCGGCGAGGCCGUAGUAAAAGUACAUGACGAUGUGGACGGAUGAGUUGACCAUGGCGUGGAAGGAACCCAUUCCACCUGGAAGCAAAGAUGGACAACCAUGUGGUCAGAGAGAGCGUUCCACAGACAGGGAGCGGCGGAGCAGAAAGCCCGGUCUCCCAUUUGUCCUCGGAGGUUGGAGGAGGUUCGCCUGUCCGGAGCGGAGGUGUCGUGUGGAGGAUUUGGGGCGGCCGGUGCGAGCCAUGACGAGAAGCUGCGGAUGAAAGCCAUGUCAUCAACAUGUCCACACAUCAUCAUCAUAAAGUCAGGCUGCACUUAAAGAGCACAUUGACCGCCGCUACAGCAAUUUCAAAAAGCGACUAACACGUUUCGACCACGGCACGACGCACCGGCGACAGAACCUGGAGAACCCUGGGAGCUCGGAGGGGGGCAGCGAGAGGGGAUAGAGCAGCUGGAGCUGUCCUCCAAAAUCCACUCUGGCCGCUCCCAAAGUUUUCAACAACACCCUGGAGCCUCCGCUGUAGGAUACCAGCCAGUGGACAUCCAACAUCUUCACCAGGCUCUGACCCCCUUUAGACCUCCUCCGGGCCUGAAACUCUCCUGCCGAGACGACCGACUGCCUUAUCCUUCAAGGGGGAGAAAGCGGCCGAGCCCCAUGGCGUUGUGCCUUGGUCAGGUGUUCAGCAAAGACAAAACCUUCAGACCACGGAAGCGCUUCGAACCCGGCACUCAGCGCUUUGAACUGUACAAGAAGGCCCAGGCCUCGCUCAAGUCCGGCUUGGACCUGAGGAAGGUAGUGCAGCUGCCCGAGGGCGAGUGCCUCGACGACUGGAUUGCCGUGCACGUGGUGGAUUUCUUCAACAGGAUCAACCUGAUCUACGGCACGGUCAGCGAGUACUGCACCGAGCGUACCUGUCCCAUCAUGUCCGGGGGGCUGAGAUACGAGUAUAGGUGGCAGGACGGGGACGACUACAGGAAACCCACCAAGCUGCCCGCUCUGAAGUACAUGAACCUGCUGAUGGACUGGAUAGAGUCGCUCAUCAACAAUGAGGACACCUUCCCCACCAGAGUAGGUGUUCCUUUCCCCAAGAAUUUCCAGCAGGUGUGCAAGAAGAUUCUGAGCCGACUCUUCAGGGUGUUUGUGCACGUUUACAUCCAUCACUUUGACAGCAUCUGCAGCAUGGGCGCCGAGGCCCACAUCAAUACCUGCUACAAACACUACUACUUCUUCAUCUCCGAGUUCAACCUCAUCGACCACUCUGAACUUGAGCCCCUGAAAGAGAUGACCGAGAAGAUUUGCAAUUAAAGAUGAAGAGAAACGCUCACAUCCAUGGACUCAAAACAAAGCCAGUCUUUCACAUAAAUGUACAGUAUUUCAUUGUGUGUAUGCGCCCACACGUGUGUGUGUGCGCGUGUGUGUGCGUGUGUGUGCGUUUGUGUGCGUGUGUGCGUGUGUGUGUGCGUGUGUGUGUGCGUGUGUGUGUGUGUGUGUGUGUGUGUGUGUGUUUACACGCGCACGUGUGCAUGUUUGGGUGUGUAGUAAUGUGAAUUUUUGCAAUCCCACCACACUUUUUCAAGUGGUGUCAACCUGUGUUUACUGAAAGGUAAAAAAUGGUGCUUGAGCUGGUUAAUAAUAAUAGUUUGAAGCUAAUUAUUUUGCAUGUAUUUAUGAUAGGUAUUUGUUUAUGUAUGUAUAUAUAUAUAUAUAUA